CUUCUGACCGCAGCUGCCAGAUUAAAUAAAGGUAUCAGGUGUCAGAUGACAGCCGUCGGUGCUAUGGGGUCAACCGUUGUUAACAUUACAACAACUACUACACUGCGGCAAUGAGACGAAGCAACGUCAUCCGGUAUGCACUUGAACAAUACACGUCGUAUCGUGUUCCCAACAUACAAUGUGCCCAGUCAGUAUGGUACACACAAAGUACAAACAACACUUUUGCUGUCUGGAGAAGGAGGGUACACUGCAGUACGGCUUUGGCACAAAAGAGACCAGAGCGAGUUCAGUUGAGCUCGGUGCGUUUCCCUCAACUGAAGAGGGGAGAUUUUGCCAGAGUGACGGACCGAGACCUGCAGGUUUUUGAGCGGCUCGUUCCUUCACGUGUGCUGACCGAACCGGAUGACAUUGAAGGGCAUAACGUGGACUGGUCAGGGACCUGCAGAGGUGAUGGGCAGGUUCUCCUCCGCCCCAAGACGACAGAAGAAGUAUCGGCUAUCCUGCGGUACUGUAACGGCCGGAGACUGGCGGUGGUGCCGCAGGGAGGUAACACGGGACUGGUGGGCGGCAGUGUGCCUGUGUUCGAUGAGGUCAUCAUCUCUCUGUCGCUCAUGGACAAAAUCAUCAGUCUGGACGAAAUCUCAGGUGUUCUUGUAUGCCAGGCGGGCUGUGUGGUGGACAAAAUUAACGGAGCCUUGGAGCCACAUGGUUUGAUGACGCCACAUAUCCUGGGGUCAAAGGGCAGCUGUCAAAUUGGAGGCAAUAUCUCCACAAAUGCCGGAGGUCUACGCAUGCUCAGAUAUGGUAACCUUCAUGGCAACGUCCUAGGGGUUGAAGCUGUACUAGCGAACGGGGAUGUUUUAGACUGUCUGUCUACCCUGAGGAAAGACAACACCGGGUAUGACCUCAAGCAGCUGUUUAUUGGUUCAGAAGGCUCACUUGGAGUCGUCACUGCUGCCUCAGUUCUCUGUCCCAGGAUUCCUGGCGCCGUUAGCGUCGCUCUUUUGGGGUGCGACUCAUUUGCUCAGGUUUUGCAAACGUACGAUGCUGCUAAGACAAUGCUGCAGGAGAUUCUAUCUGCUGUUGAGUUCAUGGACCGAGCCAGUAUGGAAGUGGUACAGGAGAACCUCCAGCUUACAUGUCCUCUGGGAGCUCACAGCUACUACGUACUGGUGGAGACGUCAGGAUCAAAUGCUGCUCAUGAUGAAGAGAAGCUGAACAGCCUGCUGGGAUAUGUGAUGGAGAACGGGAUUGUUGGUGAUGGCACCGUCGCAACUGAACCAUCGAAAGUCCAGUCUAUAUGGGCGUUGAGGGAGAAUGUGGCGGUUGCUCUGCGAAGGGACGGCUGUGUCUACAAGUAUGACGUCACCGUUCCCAUGUCCAGAUUCUACGACCUUGUAGCGGACACCAGGGAGCGAGUCGGGACCGAUGUGACCAGGGUGGUUGGUUACGGCCACCUCGGGGAGAGCGACAUUCAUCUGAACGUCACCUGUCCGCAACACAGUGAUGAGGUCUUUGAUGCCCUGGAGCCGUGGGUCUAUGACUGGGUGGCCAAGUGUAAGGGAAGCGUGAGCGCAGAACACGGGAUGGGGAUACUGAAGAGAGACUAUCUGUAUCACAGUAACACUGGACCAGCGGUACUCUUAAUGAAACAACUUAAGAAACUGAUGGACCCAAAAGGAAUCCUUAACCCGUACAAAAUCUUCCCAGACUGAGACGAUCUUAUUCACAAGUGAUUAAUAUGCUUUGUAUCAUAUCAGAAAUACAUCUACUACAGUAAAAUGUAAUACAUCUUAGUAUUGAACACAGCUCUAAGACGUUGUGAUUAGUUUAACUAUGAUGUUCAUAAGGAAUACCAUGUUGUCGUAAAGUAAUGUAGUAGGAAUGGGGAAUAAAAAAUAACGAUUUCAUGAAUUGUUUCCAAACAAUUAGACGCAAUAUUUGGGUAUCAGG